UUGAAAAAUAUGGAUUCCACCAAACCGUUGCCACCGUCACUCUCAGUUCUCUCAAGAAGACGCACUGACAUGACAAGCGCCACCUUCACUCCAUCAUCUGUGAGCUCUGUGCCCUCCGACACGGCAUCUCAUAGUGCUGUGAUCGGUCCUAAGCUACCCCCAGUUACCCCUGAGGUUCAAGUCCUACAACAGUCCUCCCGUGAGCUGGUGCCUGAGGUCGCCUUCUGCAGUGACCGCACUGAGCUGGAUAGGAGCGCGGAGAUUCUAUACGUGUCCGGUUUGGGACCGCUGAUCGAGAUCGUUCCAAACCAUGGCUCGCUCGAUUUGGGUUAUAUUAUGACGCGUUUGGGUGGCGCACUGCGAAGGAUUCUUGUCCUAUCGGGAAGCUUGACACUGGGCUCUAUAGGGGUUGAGAGAGCUGUCGCAUUACUCCACUUUGACGUGGAUCUUACGAGCUCCCUUGCCGUGGAGGGUUUGGCAACAGUAGAGGUUUAUCACCCCGAUGUUCUUAAGGAAGAGCAUAGUAUUGAAAUAUACAAGUCCUUUGAAGCCAAGGAUGGAUCUUCGGGUUGUUGUGCAUUGAUUGCUUAUCGAGACGCUGUGCGGGUCCUACGUUAUGAGAAGAAGAGCCGUGUACUCAUGGUUAAGCGAGCAGGCCGGCUUGGCGUUGAGAAUUCUGUUACAAUCAAGUGUUUUAUUGAAGCUCUUCUUGGUGAUGUUGGCUGUGUUAAACAUGUAUUAAUGCUCCCUUCAAGGGUCUCCUCCUCCUACAAUUCUGACCCUUCUUCAACCCGUGCAUUGAGCUAUAACAUGGCUGCUCCAGAGACUGGGUUCUUGGUCUUUACUGACGACUUGUCGCCUUUAAGAGCCUUGUCGCUAACCCGUAAUGGCGACCUCAUUGUCAGACCGGGAGUCUCUCUUCGUUUUGAAUUAUACGACGGCUGUGAUUUUGCCCAGCGAGACACUUUGUGUUGAGGCAAAUUCAUUUGAAUUAGACCUCAAAAUGGUGCAUGUUAUAGGAUUAUGAUGAACUGAUCAUCUCUCCCAUUUUGUAGUCUAUGUGAUUCUGUCUUCAAUACUACGUAGUUAUCAUGGUCGUGCGUCACGUAUUAUUACACAUAAUUUUUGGAUGCUUUGAGGAAUAAUAUAAGUGAAUGAAUAAUGAUUAGGAAUAGCACUAGCCGAAGAGUCAGCCCUGCAUUUAGUGGUGGGUUGAAGCAGUUGUCAUGUUGGCUGCUAGUUUCGCUCGUAAUCGCUUAAUAGCUUCCACUCUUCGUUAUCGAGCGCAGCGGCUUAUGCACGACUUUGAUUUUCGGCA